UGAGAAUUGAAUAAUUUUGUUUUGCUUGACUUUCCACAGGUGAUGAAUUUUUCUAUUGCAUAUGCUGAUCUUAUUUUAGUCACAAAAAAAAAGUAUAAUAUUCAUAGCAUUCAUUUUCAAUCUAAUUUAUUAACAGUAACAUUGGGCCUAAUGGCAAAUAUAAUUUAGAACGCAAUCUAAUCUUUUAGAGUAGUAGAAAUUAAAUAAAAAUAUGAAAAAGCAUGUUUUAGACUUAAUCUAGUCUUAGUCUUAGUUAUUAGUUUUAAAUUGUUUUAUUUUUUUUUUUUCCUUAUUUUAGAAUUGAUUGAUUGAUUCACCCAAUUACUAUUACUGUACUCAUCGGUAUGAUCCGGGAAGUGCCGAAAACCGGGUAUCGUGAUUUCGUUGUCAAAAUGGCGACCUCCACUUUUUAAUUUACCGAGGGUUGUGUUUUUUUAAGAUUUUUUUGCUAAAGUUAGUUUUGUUAUUAAAUUCUAUUUCUGCCCUCAACUUAAAGCAGACAUGUUUGUUGUUCAUUUGACACUUUUCUUUAAGAAAAAAUGUGACAGCUUGACAUUGAAAAUUAAUGGUAAAUAAUAGCUAAUUUGACUCUUUCAUAAUUUUUUGUGUGGAAAAUGUAAGUUUAAAAAGAGAAAAUACUAAUGUGAGAUGUAGGCAUAAAUGACAACAUAUCCAAAAUUUGUGAGGUUAGGACCCCGGCAUGGGUGAGAAAUUUUUGUCACAUGUGUCCCAAAAUUACCUAUUAUCGAUAAUGGACUUUUUGUAAUAAGUAACUUGAUUUACACUGGAAAUCCAGCAUAUUACCCACUAAUAACUAAUUUUGAAACAAAGCAAAAAUUUAAUAGCACAAAUACCUAUUUAUAAUAUUAUCUGAUGCUUUUAUUUUGAGGUAUUAAUUGGGGGAGGGGGAUAAAUAACCCUAGCCUUAGUAGUUUUAUUACACUUAUAGUAGGAAAAUAUAUAUACAUAUAUAUAUAUAUAUAUAUAUCCUAUAAGUCUAGUAUAGUAUAGACCUAGUGACAUCCCAACUUGUUAUUGCAGAAUCUAUUAUAGGUAAAUGAUAUUAAUGUCUAUUUAAUCAUAUUUUAAUGAACAUUAUGAUUCUUAAAAUAAAAUUAAAAAUGUAAAUAUUCACUUACCUUUGAUAUUGAAAUAUCCCGUAUUCACUCACAAAUCACAAUAUUCCACAAGAAACUUAUUAUAUAAUAUAAUCCUCAAUAUUCAAGAAAUAACACUACCUGCCACGUUGAUCCAAGAAUUUCUUAAGAUAUUAUUAAAGAAUAAUCAUAAAAGCUUGUACUUACCUCAAGCAAAUGACUAGAACUUAUUUUAAUUUCUAUCAACUGCCAAAGUUGAUACAUUUUGAUUUGUGAAACAAGAUUACUAACUUAAAAUAAAGAAUCUACUAUUUUUUUGGUCAUAUUCAAAUGGGACUAAAAAUGCAUAUAUAGAAAAUGGAAAAAUAAAAAGUAUAAUUGUCAAUUUUAGAUAAAGGAAUCAAAUAAUCCCUGUAUUAUUAUUUGAUACUUAAAAAUGUUAAACAAUUCCAUUGAAAAUUUGAAAUUAAUAUCUAAAGAAUAUUAUUAUUAUUAUAAAAUUAGGGAAAUUUAAUAUAUAUAUGUUUCUUAAAAAUAAAUUAAUUAAAUACAAAUAAGUGACGAGUCAGCAAAUUUGAUACAUUUUAAUAAGGAAAAUUAUCAAGAUUAAAAAUAUUUUUUGCGGAAUAUUAACAAAAACUACAAUUGUAUUUUGUGGCUUAAUUUUGAAGAACUCAUAUUUAACUGUGUUCCCUGUAAAUAUUAUAUUUUUGUCUCAUUUUAUAACAAAGUUAUAGGCAUACAAACAAUAGCAAUAUAAGGGGGACGAAAUGUGGAGGAAAAUCCCAUAGUGAAAAAGUGCUUGUGAGGUCCAUACUAAAAAAUUCAUAACUUUGGAACCACUUGAGCUAGAAAGUUGAUCUUGGUGUUUUUGUAAACCAUUCUAUUGACUCUAUACAGCUGUAGUAGUUUUAUAUUUUUUUAAAUGUUUAGAAAUUUUCAUAGUAGUGUUAACACUGAAGGGUGACUGUGACUCUAACUAGCGUCACAUUGACUUUGACUUUCAAUAACUUUCCAGACUUUCUUCAAUGAGACCCUCAUACUGAUGACUAUAACAGUAAUAACACUGAGUAGAGUCGUAAUUCUUGACACCCCCCCUCCCCCUCCAGCGCACACAUACACUAUUUUUUCUUUUUUGAUACAUGACAUCAUUAUGGACUGCCCAUUGUCCUUUCGAUGGAGAGUAGAAAUUAAGAGAUUCUCUCCAUAUUUUUAAAGACUAGUUAAUUCUCACUUGCAUGUCGCUGAGCUAAAUAACUUUCAAAUGUUCGGACAACAAAUCGUGAAGUCUCUUAUUAGGAGGAGGUUGUAAUUCUUAUUGUCCAAUGUUCUUUCAGAACCUAGAAGUUAAAGUUUUAUCAAAAUGGAACCACCAAUGGAACUUUUUGAAGCCCAGGCUGGCCUUACUGCAAAAUCUAGAUCAACAGUAUUGGAUGCAGCUAUUGAUUUCACAGGGGGUACUCUUGGUAAGUUCAUUGGCUAUUCAUUUUAAUGAUUAAUUUGCAGAUUAUUAUUAUCAUUGACAUUUAAAGUAAUACAGUAUUUAGAUUAUAGAAUUUUAUAUAUUUAAAAACAAAUUAAAGUAAUAGAUGCAUUUUUUUUCAAAAAUGAAAAAAAAAUAGAAUUGAAGUUAAUACAUAAUUUACUCUAAAAUGAAACAUUUCGUUCAUAUUUUGUGUUAUUGCUGUUUUCUCUACAGGUGGCAUAACAAGUGUCUAUGUGGGACAACCUUUGGACACAGUCAAAGUUAAAAUGCAAACAUUUCCUGCUUUGUAUAGAAAUGGCCUUGAUUGUUUUUUGAAGACUUACAAGCAAGAUGGUAUAGCAAGGGGACUUUAUGCUGGGACUGUGCCAUCCUUGGCAGCUAAUAUAUCUGAAAAUGCUGUACUUUUUUGUUUUUAUGGUGUAUGCCAAAAAUUGGUAGGUAUGCAACUUGAUGAUGUUUUAUCUUAUAUUUUUUAUAUUUUUAUAUUUUUUCAAAUUUAAUUUCUCUGACCCUACUGUAGUGGUUUUUUACCUCCUUUAUCUUAAGACACUAAACUUAAAUUAUUAAAAUUCUUUGACCCACUAAACAAAUGCAAGUGUUUAGAAUAAAAUGUUGGCUGUUUUGGAGAUUAUUAUCUACACCAAUUAUUGGGUUAAUUAGAUUAGAUUAAGUGGAUUAGUUUAAAGUUCCUAUUUUACUUUGUAGACACAAAUGGCUCAAAAAGUUUUGCAUUGACUUUUUCCAUUUAUAUCCUAUUCUUGCGACACAUAUGUGAAUCUUUCAGAUGUGUUGCCGACUAAUUGAAAACCACUGAUCCAUUGCCAUGGAUAAAUUCACCCAUGAACAAAUAAAUAUUGAUUUGUAGUUAAUUUUUUAUUUCCUACUCAUUUUCUUUUUGACAUUUAUUUAUUAUGAUUUAAACAGCAUACUUUUCUUUUAAAUGGUUAUACAUUUAGGUAGCGAGACUCAUGGGUGGUAAAGAGAUCUUGUCUCUAAACCCACUUGAGAAUGCAAUAUCAGGUGCAAUGGCAGCUUUCUUUUCUUCCUUCACACUGUGUCCAACAGAACUUGUCAAGUGCAGACUUCAAGCUAUGAGAGAAAUGGCUACAAAGGGGCAACUAGAGGGUGGACUGGAGCGUCUCAAAAUGUAAUAAAUUCACUUAGUGAAUAAUAAUUUAAUGUCUGAUGAUUGAAAGUUUACCAACAGUAGAUAUUCACCAUGUAUCCUGGAAUAUAAAAGCCAUAGUGAAUAGAUAUUAUUCACCACAUAUCCUGGAAUAUCCAAAACAUAUUGAAUAGAUAUUCAAAUUUAUGUUAAAAAAUUAUUAAAGCUGAGUAAUUUUUUAACAUUUCCAUAGUGGCCCAUUUGGAUUAACUAAAGAAAUUCUUCAGGCAGAAGGUAUACGAGGGGUGUACAAAGGGUUAACUGCUACCUUUCUCAGGGAGAUGCCAGGUUAUUUCUUCUUUUUUGGAGCCUAUGAAGUCUCCAGGAUUUUUUUAACCCCUGAAGGCAAAACUAAGGAUGAAAUAGGUAGGCAAUACUUUGUAUUUAAAAUAUGAUUAUUAUUUUUUCUAAAGUUAUUCAUAGCUGUAAAAAAAACUGUGCUUAACAACUAAUACAAAUAUUUAUAAUUAAGUCAAAUUUUGAUCUCUUUUUUUUUGUUCACAUGUAGUUCAAAAAUAUUUAGUGAAUAGUAAUUUUUAAUUGUAAUAAAACAUUUCUAUUGCCCUUUGAAUGGCCAGACAUUUUUUGCAUACUAUCUCUUUGUUAAUACAAAUUUCAAUGGACUUACCAACAACUUAUAAUUAUAUUACUACUGGAUUUCAGUGGUAAAUGUCUUAUUGUAACACUUGUUAUGCAAUCUGAAUUACAGGAGCCUUGAAAACAAUAAUAUGCGGUGGUAUAGGAGGUGUUGGUUUAUGGGUGGCCAUCUUCCCUGCAGAUGUAGUGAAGUCUCGUAUACAAGUGCAGUCAGUGUCAGGUGUUCCGCCAACAUUCAGAACUGUUUUCAUGAGGAUAUUGCGUCAAGAAGGUGACUUAUUCAUAUAUAUGAGUACAUGAGACUUCCACAUUGAUCUAUUUACAUCACUUUUUUCAUUCAUUAACAGCAUGAUUUAUUCAUUCAUCUAUUUUGGCUCACUUGUGUCAAAUUGUAAAAUUAAACUUUUAAUUAAAUUAAAUUUUAUUUUAUUUUUUUAUAGGGAUGCAUGUUUUUGAUUUAUAACUUUAUUUUCAUUGUUGUAUACUUUAUCAGAGAUUAUUAAGGUACUUUUUUACCCUCUUUUCAACUCAGGUUUUAAAGCUUUAUACAAUGGCCUAGGGCCUACAGUUAUCAGAACUUUCCCUGCCACCGGUGCCUUGUUUUUAGCCUAUGAGACCACCAAGAAAUAUCUGGGAAAGCUUCAUGAAUACAUGACCAACUCAACAAGUGUAUAGCCAGAUAGUUUGUACUCAUAGACGUUCACUGUGAUUUAUAGUUUGGCUGUAGGAUAAAAAAAUUGAAUGUAAGUAGUUUCAAAAGAUUGUGUGUGGAUCUGAGUAUUAUCAAGAGAUUGAUCGGAUAAAAUAUUAACAUGUUUUUUAGACCUUGACAGAGUAGUCAAAAAAUAUUCAAGGGUCGAUUGGCUGUGUGUGG